UUUACACGUAGUAAAUGUAUAUUUUGAAUGCUUCUCUAGCGCAAAAUAAUUUUAAAUAACACGCACUAGACUGCACAACAGAGCGUCCCAGCGUUCAGGCUUGGUACAGGGUAUCAAGUAGUCGCUAAUGCAGCUGCUUUCAUAAAACCUUGAUUAUAAUUGUGAUUGGAGCUUAUGCGAAAUGGAUAAACGACAGCGCGAGCUGGAGGCUCUAGUGACCACGCAGAAGGAGCAACUGUCGCGCUACGAGAAGCGACUCAAGGACGUGGUCACUGCGUACAAGGGGCUGCUCAAGGAGAAGGAAGCACUCGAGACGAGCCUGGCGGCUCAUGCGGAAGCUACGGGCGUCAAAGACGCAAGUGCUGCCGCAGGCGCUGUCACAGCCGAUGGCCAAGCCAGCGGGGAUGCUGCCGAUGGAUCCACUGCCACUGGCACCAGUAAUGGCAGUGAUGCGUCUGGCAACGAUGAAAAGGGUCAGCUGCAGACGCAAAUCAUAACGCUGAUGAACUCUCUAGCCACGCUGUCGGCGGAAAAGUCGCGCAUGGAGGCCUCUUUCCAGGCGGACAAGAAACAGUUGCGCGCUCAGAUAGCGCAAAAGGAGCAGAGCAUACAGGAGCUGCACGCCAAGGCCAAGGAGCAAGCGCAGCGUGCUAAAAAUGACGUGGAUGAGGUGAAGGCCAAGUGGAUCAUCGAGCGACAGGAACGCGAAAAGGAGACCAACAAUCAAAUGAUAAUGCUGCGUGAGCUUCAAAAGCUGUAUGCGGAUGAACGCCACCUCAAGGAGAACAUUGAGAUGCAGCUGAACAACUUUAAGACGCAAUUCGCCAGCAACGAGGCCGAGAACAGUCGCCUGCGGGAGCUGCAGCUGCAGCUAAAGGAGGCGCGUGCCCAACUGAAACAAUGCCAGUCGAAGGCGGAACAAACGACUGCCGCUGCCGCGGCCACUGACAGCAGCGCACUGUUGCAGCAGGUGCGCCAGGAGAUGCAGCAGCUCAAGGAGCAGCAUUCGGUGGCCAUCAAGCAGGAGCAGAGACGCGUGCUGCGCGCCGAAGAGCAAAGUCGACGACAGGCAGCACUGCACGAGGAUCGAGUGGCCAAUUUGGAGGCACGCCUAGCCGAGCUGAGCAGCACGGUGGGCAAUUACGAUCGCUUGCGCCAACAUGAUCAGAACAGCAUACAUGCGCUCAAGCAGCAGCUGCACGAGCUUGAGCAGGCGCAAACCCGUACAGCGCCCGCGUCGCGACUACUCAACGAAAGCGACGCUGACAUGAGUGCUCUGGUGGAUGAAAUUGGACGCCUAAAGAAGCUGCUGGCCAAUGCCAAUGCGCACUCUUCCAAUCCAAUGGACCUCAGCCAGGUGCUGGGCAGCAGCAAAGCGGCCGUAACCGCCGAUAGCCACGUGCACUGCGAGCAACAGCUGCAGAGCUUGCAGCAGUUGCUGGAGAACGGCAAGCAGCAGCGUUUGCAGCUAGAACAGAAGAUUCGUCUGCAACAGACGCACAUACAGACGCUGCAGGACAAGGUGCAGGUGCUCAAUCGCAAUAUAGAUGAGGCCGAGCAGGAUCUGAAGCAGCAGGGCGACAAGAUGCGUCUAGCGCUCAAGAACGAGCGCGCCAAAUGGCAGGAGGCGAAAGCGGAGCUAGAGAACGAGACACGCUGCAAGCUUAACGAGCUGGAGCAGCUGCUUCAAAAGCAGCGGCAGCGUUCAUUACAGCUGCUCGACGAGAAGGAGCAGGAGAUUAAGACGCUGCAAACCUCCUUCGAGGUGUUUCACAAGCCCAACACUUCGCCCCUGGAGGCCAGUGAAGCGUUAGCCUACUCCUCGGACGCAGACAGUGUUGAAGUGGAUGGAGAACGCGAAGCAAAACUGAAGGUGAAGCCGAAAAAGCUGUCCUUGAGCGAAAACUGUCACAUGCUGCACUAUGCCAAUGAGCUGGCGCGCAAGGACAUUGAAAUCACAACACUCCGCAAAUCCAAAUACGCGGCCGAGUCCACGCUGCGCAAGGCUAUACAGGACAAGGUCACCGCACAGCAGGAAAUGCACGAGAAGAUCGAGUUGCUCGAGGAGCAGGUGGACAGACUGGAACGCUGCAAGACGCGCGAAGGCGCCAAUUUGGAGUACCUGAAGAACGUCAUCAUUAGCUUCAUUGUCACUCGGGAUGCCGAUGACAAGCGUCACAUGUUGAACGCCAUCAGCGCUGUGCUGCAGUUCACCAGUGCCGAGAUGCAGACCAUUAACGCAGCAUUCCAGAAGAAAUAGCAUUCGAUUGAAACAUUAACAGUAGAUCAUGUAUAGAACAGAUUACAUAUAUACAUAUAUAUAAAUACAAAAGUUAU